AGUCUGGGAAAAGAUGAUGGAAAAGUUGCUAGAGAUUGGUACUCGUGUCACAGGUGUCAAGCGGAAAGUUGCAAAUUGGGCAAAGGGAGUUGCACUUGAAGGCAAUCAGAAUAUUGAACAAGGGAGAGCAGUGCCUUUUGGAUGGACCCUUGCUAACUCAUUGGUGUUGAAGAAGAUAAAGGUUGCUCUGGGUCUUGAUCGCUGUCGACUUCAAUUUGUUGGUGCUGCACCUGUUACCAUGGAAACUCUACAGUAUUUUCAAAGCAUCAACAUUCCAUUGUUUGAGUUGUAUGGCAUGAGUGAAUGCUCUGGACCUCACACUGUGUCCAUACCUGGUCAUAUCAUUGCUGGUAGCUGUGGGGUACCAUUACCUGGUUGUCAACAAAAGAUUCUUAACCCUGAUGAAGAUGGAUGUGGAGAGCUAUGCAUCAAAGGACGCCAUGUUUUCAUGGGGUAUUUAAACAAUGAAGAGAAAACAAAAGAGAGUCUUGAUGACGAGGGUUGGCUACACUCUGGAGAUGUGGCAAAAAUUGACAAGAAUCAGCAAUUGUACAUCACUGGCAGGAUAAAAGAACUGAUCAUUACAGCAGGAGGUGAAAAUGUUGCUCCUGUUCCAUUGGAAGAUAACAUCAAAAAAGAAUUGCCAUUGAUAAGCAACGUUAUGGUUAUAGGAGACAAAAGAAAAUUCCUGAGUUGUCUUUUGACUCUAAAGGUUGAUAUUGACCCAAACUCAGGAGAACCAUCAGAUAAUUUGAACACAUCAGCACUUGAGUUUUGCAAAUCCAUUGGAAGUGAAGCAAAGACGGUGUCUGAGGUAAUAUCAACAAAMGAUGAGAAAAUAAUGAAAGCCAUACAAGAGGGGAUAAACCGUGCUAAUGAACAGGCACCAUCACGAGCACAAAAGGUACAAAAGUGGAAAAUUUUGGAGAACGAUUUUUCUAUUCCAGGAGGAGAAUUAGGUCCAACCUUGAAACUCAGAAGACCAAUAGUUGCCAAGAUGUACAAAGAGUUGAUUGAUGGCUUCUAUAACUGAAUCUCAUGAGCAAGAUUGAAUGGUUCUAAUCAUGUACGAUUGCUACUGCUAGCCAUGGUUAGCAUUACACCUAGCUGAUGAAUYGUCCCACUAUGUUACUUGAUCUUUCUCUGUCAUUUCUUGACCAAGGUGCUUCCAUGGAUAGCACUGGAAUAGUAUUUUUUGUGAACCUAUUUUGUAAUAUUUUUUGUUUAUUAUUAUUAUUAUUAUAAUUACCAAUUUCCUAGUACUAGUACUAACAAGCAGUAUUUGACAAUUAUUCGCCGAAGGAGAAGUGAAUAUCGGGGAAUAUUUACCRAGACGUGAGUCUUCGAGAGGCRAGGUAAAUAUUCUCCGAUAUUCACUGAGRCUGAGGCAAAUGAUCGUUUUAGUAUAAAUACACAGGUGAUUCUUUCAAAAAAAAGAAGAUAAAAGACAYRUUUGAAAUUAGGAAAAWUUUUWA